UAAUAGAAAGACCUUCGCCAGCCACAGUCGCUGCAUGUCAAGCUGAACUUGAUGUUUCGAACGGCUCGGACUUUGGGGUUCCAUGCCGAGGAGGCACUGUAGCAGGAUCCGACGACGGUUGCCAUCUUGGCAAAGUUAGCCUCGGUAUGGACCUAGAGGUGGGGGAUAAUCGGAGCCCCUGGGUUUCACCCCUCAUCUGCAUCUGGCCUACCCCCAACUUACGAGCCGACGUGAUCGCAUCGCCGCAGCUGCAAAUCGCGUUCCAGACCGUGUGUUUUAUUUUUUGGUUACUGUUUACUCAGAAGGCCCAACCCAACCAGAGAACCGACCACCUGGAAAAGCAAUUCACCAAAAACAGGCUCAUAGAGCAGCGGCAAACAUCAAUCAAGACCACAAUGACCAUCAAACUCGCCAAAGACGACGAGCUAUUGCAGGCGCUGGCCGCCAGCGGGGGGCUCAAGGGGCACAACCUCCUGAUGCUACUCCCUUCCGGCUUCCAACCCGACGCUGCCAGACUGGACGAGCUCAGGGCCAAGUAUCCCGGCCUCCAGAUCUCGGUGCACGAAUCGGCGUGGGGGAACACUGUGGUGCCGGAGUCCGUCUCGGGCUCGGGCGACGGCUUCGGGUGGGAGGACGUCACCAUCUUGGCGACGGGCACGGCGCUGCCGACGCGGGAGCAGGCGCCCAGGCUGCAGUACGUGCAGCUGAUCAGCGCCGGCGCCAACCACGUCCUGCAGAAUCCGCUUUUCGACGACGAAAGCAUCGCCUUGUGUACCGCCAAUGGUGUGCACGGGCCGCAGAUUUCCGAGUGGAUCAUCAGCACGUUCCUGAGCUUUGAACACCAUCUCCCCAGGUACAUUGAGAAGCAAAAAGAGGGCAAAUGGGAUCCAUCAUACGACGGAGUUGACGACGCGGUGGGACGCCGGGUCGGCGUCCUCGGCUACGGCAGCAUCGGGCGGCAGGUGGCCCGGUUGUGCAAGGCGCUGGGCAUGGAUGUGCACGCCUACACGCUACACCCGCGCGAGACGCCCGAGUCGCGGCGCGACGACGCGUACGCGCCGCCGGGCACGGGCGACCCCAACGGCGAGUUCCCGUCCAGGUGGUUCUCGGGCGGGUCCAGGGCGGACCUGCACCGCUUCCUGUCAUCGGGCCUGGACCUACUCGUGGUCUCGGCCCCGCUGACCGACAAGACGGCGCACCUCCUGGGCGCCGACGAGUUCGCCCUGCUAGGAGAGGGCAACGGGAAGGGAAAGACGUUUCUGUCCAACAUUGCGCGCGGCAAGGUCGUCGACACGGACGCGCUCGUCGCGGCGCUCGAGGGCGGCGUGCUCCGCGGCGCCGCGCUCGACGUCACGGACCCGGAGCCCCUGCCCGAGGGCCACCCGCUGUGGAGGGCCAAGAACGUUUGUAUUACACCGCACGUCAGCGCGGCCUCGUCCAAGCUCGGCCCGCGCAUCCUGAGCAUCCUCGACAUGAACCUCGGGCGCUUCAGCCAGCGCAAGCCCCUGGCGAACCGCGUGAACCGGAAGGAGGGGUACUAGAGAGGGUGGAGGGCACGGGGUGGUGACGAGAGGCAAGCGCUGGGCGGCCCCGAGAUUGUGACCUCAGGGGAGGAGGGGAUCCGACUUGGAAAUGGCAUCGCACUAAAGGCUGAAGUUUGCAAUCGUCAGGUCCAAGUUUGACCGUCAUGUUUCUGGACCCUGAAUUCCAUCGUGGCAAAAACCAAAGCCGUCAAUGAAAUUGCUAAGACCCCUAAAACCCACCAGCAUCAAACGCGCCGCCCCGCUCCAGCUCCAGUGUGCCUCUCAGUUCACCUCUUGACGUCAUCUAGUGACGCAGGGGCCCCACCAAGCAGCAAAAGACCCGACCCCAGCCCUCCGCGUCGAGUGCUGACAGGUUUUUGCCAACGACGAUCCUCGCGAUGAUCGUUCGAAAACGCAAUCCAAGCAAGCUUGUCUGCGGCCAAGUGACACCAAGUGCCGUGGCUUCCUGCACCCUUUGAUCAGACUGCAACGCCGUGUGCCGUGCGUCGCAACUCGAGAGCUGGUGAUGUCAACGUUUCCAACUUUUCGUCGGCGCAGGGAUGAAGACAACGGCAACGGCUGAUGGGCCUCGGGAAGUAUUAAUAAUGUCCAACCCUCUGGGAGGAAAGCUGAAUGUGACAUUACUCUUCUGCAUUAAACUCGC